AUGCUUCAGUUAAUAAAAAAGUUUGAUAGAAAUGGAGAACCUAUCUCUCUUAAUUACAAAGGAAAGCAUCAACAUUAGACAGUUACAGGCGGAUUGAUUACACUGUUCUAGAUUUGUGGAAUAAUAGCCUUUUUCUUUAUUCUAUUGAACAGAAUCAUUGGCAAAGAAAAAAAUAUAUGA